AUGGCGAACACACUCGAGGAAUAUGUCCGAUUGGAGACCCUCUGGGACAAAGCAAUCCAGUCUCCCGCGGACAUUUCGCUUGAGGAAAAACACCAAAUGCUGGAAUGGCCGCCCCUCGCGGUGAUGCAGGCCAACUCCCAAAAAUAUCUCGGUCAAUCAGUCGAAGAUUUAUUCCGCAAAGCUGUCACAGACCCGCAUUCUCUAACCUGUCCAGAAUGCCUGCUAAUCAAAGAUGAUUUUAACAUUCUUGACCUCAUGGACCAAACCAAGUAUGAGAGAAAUCGGUGGCAAUGGAUGCUGGGACGGCCCGAUCUUCAAGCUAAAAGAGAGGAGGAGAAGCGCAGACACGGGAGGCCGAGGCAUUUGCCGCAAGAAUGGAUCCAGAAUGUUAUCGAUCAGGGAGAAGACAAAAGCUGGGGUUAUGUAUGGUAUCAUCGUAAGGGACAGAAAGGCUGGGAAGAAUUCCAGCAUCAAUUUAGGGAUAUUCUGACAACACAGAUGUUUGCGGUUGUCGGCUGGGACGAGAUUGAAGAUUCCAAAGUGGCCGAAUUUGUCGAAUUUGAAGCUGGAGACUCAGAAGAGCGAGAACUAGCUUUUCUCAGGGAGGAUUUCCGAAAUCGCCGUAGCAGAGACGGGCUCUGGCCUGGAAUUCUCUCGAAUGUCUUUUUCCCGGUGGCGGAUGAGGCUCGCGUAUCGUAUAGUCAAUGGAGACAACACAGCUUUGCCUGGGCAAUUGACCCGGAUUGGUCUCGGUCGGUUGCCGAUGAAGACGGUUACGAUGGACGGCUGAAGAUAAGUGCAACCCAAAUCUACUUCCGUUUCUACGAUUUAUGUCGACAAAGAAAUUGA